GAUUGUUGUUGCUGUGAUUUCAGAUUCUCUCCAACGUUAUCUAUUUCGAUUAGCUCAAGCCUCAAGGUGAAGCUUGAAGCCCAUCAAUGGCGGAUGGGUAGCUUCUGGUCUCCUUGAAGAUGAAUCGGAUUUCAGCUAUUUCUACUCUUGUCACUCCUCUCCCUCUUCUUCCGUCGUGCUCCUUUGUUCCGACACGACGGUGUUAUCCUCGCAGAGCUACUCCUUAUUCCAGGCGAAUCAAUCUCAAGCCUCUCACUUCUCGCAUUGUUCUCCUCACGCGCCGUCGUCAGCUUGGUCAGAUCGUGGAGGAGGUAGAAGCCGCUAAGAAACGGUAUGGGAGGCUCAACACAAUUGUGAUGAACUCAGUUCUCGAAGCUUGCGUUCACUGUGGAAAUAUUGAUUUGGCUCUUCGGAUGUUCCAUGAGAUGGCGGAACCUGGUGGAAUUGGAGUCGACUCUAUUAGUUACGCUACUAUCUUGAAGGGAUUGGGUAAGGCUCGGAGGAUUGAUGAAGCGUUCCAAAUGCUGGAGACUAUAGAGUAUGGAACUGCUGCUGGGACUCCCAAAUUGUCAUCAUCUCUUAUCUAUGGUCUGCUUGACGCUCUUAUCAAUGCUGGAGAUUUACGUCGUGCCAAUGGUCUGCUUGCACGAUAUGAUAUUUUGCUUCUAGAUCAUGGUACUCCGUCAGUUCUUAUCUAUAACUUGCUGAUGAAGGGCUAUGUCAACUCAGAAUCUCCGCAAGCUGCAAUAAAUUUGCUGGAUGAAAUGUUACGCCUUAGAUUGGAGCCAGAUAGGUUGACCUACAAUACUUUGAUCCAUGCCUGCAUUAAGUGUGGCGACUUGGAUGCGGCUAUGAAGUUUUUCAAUGAUAUGAAGGAGAAAGCAGAGGAAUAUUACGACGAUUUUCUUCAGCCAGAUGUUGUAACCUACACCACUUUGGUGAAGGGGUUUGGGGAUGCAACGGAUCUGUUAUCACUGCAGGAAAUUUUUUUGGAAAUGAAAUUGUGUGAGAACGUGUUCAUUGACCGAACUGCAUUUACAGCAGUAGUUGAUGCCAUGCUGAAGUGUGGUUCAACAAGCGGGGCCCUUUGUGUAUUUGGUGAGAUAUUGAAGAGAAGUGGAGCUAAUGAAGUCUUGCGACCAAAGCCUCACUUGUACCUGUCUAUGAUGCGUGCGUUUGCUGUCCAAGGGGAUUAUGGAAUGGUUAGAAAUCUGUAUCUUCGCUUAUGGCCGGAUUCUUCAGGAUCAAUCUCCAAGGCGGUUCAACAAGAAGCUGAUAAUCUCCUGAUGGAAGCAGCUCUCAAUGAUGGCCAGCUCGAUGAGGCCCUAGGGAUUCUUUUAAGUAUCGUGAGAAGGUGGAAGACAAUACCUUGGACGACUAGUGGAGGCAUGGCUGCUGUCCGCCUAGAAACAUUGUUGGGGUUUUCCAAGUCUAUAUUGCGUCCACAUCUACUUAGUAAGGUGAUACCAAGUGAACCAAUAGAAAGCAUUAUGAUUCGAUUUGAAGCCACUCGGCCACUGCUAGGCACUCUGCAGUUGAAGAAUGUGGCCAUGCGGUUUUUCAAGGAGCAAGUUGUACCAAUUGUAGACGACAGGGGAAGCUGCAUAGGCCUUUUGCAUCGGGAGGAUUGCAAUAACCUUGAUGCGCCAUUGGUCUCAAUGAUGAGAAGCCCGCCCACAUGUGUGAGUACAACAACAUCGAUUGGUCGUGUGGUAGAUCUAGUUUUGGAAAAGAAGCUUAAGAUGGUUAUAGUUGUUCACUGCGGGAAUUUUAGUGGGAGCGGUUAUAGCUCAAAGGCAGUAGGAGCUUUUACAAGAGCACAAUUGUAUCGGCUAUUUGAAUCAGAACAAAAGCUGCUUUAGUGAAUCCUAUGCUGUUGGAGAUUCCUUCUUCCCUUGCACCCCUUCCUUCUUUGUUCCUUCCUCUGCUUCAUUCAUAUCCGUAGUAGUAGCAACUGUCUCGCUAUUUUCCUCAUCAUCAACUUUCUUGCUAUCAAACUCCUCAUAGAUCUCAAUCUUCUUGCUAUCGACCAACACUUCUCGUCUCUUCUGCCUAAACCCGCGGAACAAAUCACUCGUCUCAUCCAAAACCGAAACAUACUCAGGCUGGUGGCUCUCAAAGUUAUACUCCUCAAUGAUCUUCAACUCUUUUGCCUCAGCUUCUUCUCUCUGUCUAUCGAGAUUCUUAAGCUCUUCUCUUAAUAGCCGAACCGCGUUGUUUUGCAUAUACUCCCAUUGUUUCACGAGGUUGGUUAGUUGAGAGGAGCCUUGCUGAGUCAAACUCAAUAGUUCUGGUAACCGUGUCAAAUCUGCAAUGGUCGGUUUCUCUUCGAUUGUGACUUCUUUCAACAUGUCUAAAUCUAUAGCAGGUUUCUCGACGUUGAACUGUUUGUCAGCUUCAGGUCCAACAUUUUCG